AUGAAGGAGGGGGGAAGGAGGGAGAGUCGGACUCACCUGCGCCAGCUCACGGCGGCUGCCACUGAGCCGCGCAUGGGAACGGGAGCGGGAUAUUUGGUCAGGUCUAACUGGUAGCCCUACGUUUGAAGGAAGCUGUCUUUCCAUACAAGGUACAAAAAUACAAAAUUUGAAAAUUUGAUGGAACUUUGUUUGAGAUCUACUUAAAGGUUCUCUAAUUUCAGAAAGAAAAAAUAGAUGAAACCUUCCAGCAAAAUGUACGAAAAUUUCUUUCCAACGCUUUUAUUCUCUAGACUACUGUUUUACAGACUAUUUUCCUAUUUUUAAAAGUCGAAAGACUAGGAUAUGUUCAAAAGCAUGCCUUGCAUGACUAAAAGUACUUCUAAAAACGGCUCUUCGCCUCGAGACCCUUAUGAAAAUUUUCUACACUACUUUAAAAGAAAUGAUACGAGAUAGAAGUAAAAAUAACCCACUAAAUGUUCAAAAAUCUGAAAAAAAUCUGAAUAUUGAAGCUAGUUUCAGAAGUACAAAAAAGCUGGAAAAACUCUGGAAAACUACAAAAAUGAUAACAACUUAAAAAAAAUAAAGACCUUCAAGUGUACACAGUUGAAUCAAAGUUUUUAAAAAAAAACUCGAAUUAGUGAUAAAAUUACAACUAUUCCUUCUAAAAAUUUUAAUCAAAAAAAUAGUUUUUUUCAAAAAAAAUUGAAAGAAAAAAAGCGCAAAAAUGCGAUUUUUAUGGUUCCAAAUAUCUUUAAAAAAACCGAAAAAAACAAGUAUUUUUUUCAACUAUUUGGAAAAAUUUUUCAAGUGAAAAUUUCCUUUGGAGCUGUGAAAACAAUACUCAAAAAGGAGCAAUAGGAAAACAAAGGGUCAAAUUCCAAAAAAAUUUAGCCCAGUUCAUCAAAAAAACUACUUCUAAACGGAAAAAAACACCUAAAAAAAAUUUAAAAAAACAGUUUUUUUAAUUCGAAAAAUAAGCAGAUCGUUUGAAGUUGUCUUUGAAGUCAAAAGUUCGAAAAAAAGAGAACUACAAAAAAUUUUGACCUUCAUAGUAUUCCAGAAAAAAUAGACAAUGAAAACUGCUGAACGGAAAGUUCAGGAAGAACACGACGAAAAUGCACAUGGCGGUGGGGCAGCGUGAAUUGCUUCGGAGGAAAAAGAACAGGUUCUGUUCUGGUUGUCCUCUGCCGCUUCUCUUUUUCCCUCCCUUCGAACAGUCGGCCGAUGAACUACCCUGCAUCGGAAACAACGAGAAAAAAAGAGAAAAAAAAACUUUAAAAAAUGCCUAUUUUAGUAUUGCGCGUGCACGCGCGUGGAAAAAAAAAUAGUAUGCAUGGUUGCACAGGACACGUACUUUCAUUCUACAGUUUGAAAUUAGUGUUUCCUUCAACAUAAACUGAAUUACCCUACAAGGGAGGAAAAAAAGAUAAAAAAAUAUAAAAAACCUUGAAAAAAUUCCGAUUUCAGUAUUGCGCGUCGAAUGUAAGCAACAGUAUGCAUACACGCGCGAUGCACGUACUUCCUUCCUACAGUAAGCAACUUAUAGUUUUUUUUUCUUUAUUCCAUUCCGCGUCAGCUUGAGUCGUUUUUCUUUUUGAUUUGUGAAAAAGAUUGUGCACAAUCGGUCCAAAUUUAACCAAUCUUCGGUUUGAAAUUUUUUUUUACAGUUUUGUAGAGCAAAUUGAAAAAAGCUAUGUUUUACGAGAGCUUUUUUUUUUUCUAAACUGCCCUUUUUGCACAAAAACACUAUAUUCAGUCAAUUUAUAGCCCUCAAAUUUUGCUCCAAACGGCUCAAAGCAAUUAAAAAGGCAGAGAAUUGGGCAGAAAAAUGGAGAGAAGACAAAUUGGGAACGGAAUGGCGUCCAGAAGGCGUCGGGAUGAAGGCGUCGUGUCAGCGACGUCGCCUCGGUCGCGCCCGCCAAAUAUGACAAAUGA